AGGAAGGAAGGAAGGAAGGAAGGAAGGAAGGAAGGAAGGAAGGAAGGAAGGAAGGAAGGAAGGAAGGAAGGGACAAGCGGGGAAGGGAAGAACGAGAGAGGCAGACCGGCGAGGCCAGGGAAGCGGCGAAGGGGGCGGGUCUGCAGGCAGCCCGGUGGGGCGGGGGGGCCGCUGGGCUCGGCUAGAGUCGGUCUCUGCCCCGCUGCCUCCGCCGCAUGCCCGCCUAGCCAGCGCCCGCCGCCACUCUCGGGCUCGCAGCGCGGCGUCGGCGUCGGCGGCAGGAUGGAGGCUCCGGGCUCGGCGGAGGCGGCGGGGAGCGGCGUGGGGGGCCGCCGCGGGGCGGUGGAGCAGCUGUCGGCGGCGGUGGGGCAGCGGACGAAGGCUCUGGGCAGCGCCCUGCAGGAGUCCCGUCGCCAGCGGCGCCUCCUGCUGGUGAUCGUGUGCGUGGCGCUGCUGCUGGACAACAUGCUGUACAUGGUGAUCGUGCCCAUCGUGCCGGACUUCGUGGCCAUCAUGCAGCAGCAGCAGGCGGCCGGCGGGACGGCGAACGUCAGCGGCGGGGCCAACGCCAGCAGGGCCAUGCUCCGGCCGCGCUUCCCGGCGGAGAACCUGGACCUGAAGAUCGGGGUGCUGUUCGCCUCCAAGGCGAUGCUGCAGCUGCUGGUGAACCCCCUGAGCGGCACCUUCAUCGACCGCGUGGGCUACCCGCUGCCCCUGCUCAUCGGCCUGGGGGUCAUGUUCCUCUCCACCGUCAUCUUCGCCUUCGCCGAGAACUACGGCACCCUCUUCGCCGCCCGCAGCCUGCAAGGGCUGGGCUCGGCCUUCGCCGACACCUCCGGCCUGGCCCUCAUCGCCGACAAGUACUCCGAGGAGUCGGAGCGCAACCGCGCCCUGGGCAUCGCCUUGGCCUUCAUCUCCUUCGGCAGCCUGGUGGCGCCCCCUUUCGGCGGCAUCCUGUACCACUUCGCCGGCAAGAGGGUGCCCUUCCUGGUCUUGGCCUUCAUCUGCCUCCUGGACGGCCUGCUCCUCCUGGUGGCCAUCCGGCCCUUCAGCGACCGGGCGCGGGACAACAUGCCCGUGGGCACGCCCAUCCACCACCUGAUGGUCGACCCCUUCAUCGCCGUGGUGGCCGGCGCCCUCACCACCUGCAACAUCCCCUUGGCCUUCCUGGAGCCCACCAUCGCCAACUGGAUGGUGGAGACCAUGGGGGCCAGCGAGUGGGAGAUGGGCCUCACCUGGCUGCCCACCUUCUUCCCCCAUGUCCUGGGGGUCUACAUCACCAUCAAGCUGGCAGACAAGUACCCCCACCUGCAGUGGUUCUACGGGGCCUUGGGCAUGGUCAUCAUCGGGGCCAGCUCCUGCACCCUGCCCGCCAGCCGGAACUUUUGGCAGCUGGUGGUCCCCUUGUGCGGCAUCUGCUUUGGCAUCGCCUUGGUGGACACCGCCCUGCUCCCCACCCUGGCCUUCCUGGUCGACGUCCGCCACGUCUCGGUCUACGGCAGUGUCUACGCCAUCGCAGACAUCUCCUACUCGGUGGCCUACGCUCUGGGGCCCAUCAUGGCCGGGGAGAUUGUCCACUCCUUCGGCUUCGUCAAGCUCAACUUGGGCAUGGGCCUAGCCAACAUGCUGUACGCCCCGGUCCUCCUGGCCCUCAGGAACAUUUGCAAGAUGAAGCCCUCCCAUUCGGAGAGGAACAUCCUCUUGGACGAAGAGCCCAAAGGCCUCUACGACACCAUCAAGAUGGAAGAGCGGGCGGCCAAGGGCAGGAACCGCCAUCCUGUAGGGGGAGCCGAAGAGAACAGUGUAGACUCUUACCAUAGAGACUUCAGAGGGGCCUCUGAAGAGGAUUCUUCAGGGGAGGACUAUACCUAGAGGGUGGGCGGAGAGGAGAAGAUCCUACCUGUUACCUUGAUGUCCCAAUGUGCCAAUAUAUUACACUUUAACCUUUGUCUUGACGUGACGGCCUUCUUGACGUCUUUCUCCUUGAGGUGCGACACCGGGGUCAAGAGGAAAGCCACAAAUAGUUAUGUAACAUGAAUGGUGCGUUUGCAUAGAUCUAUGAUGGUCUUUUGAAACGGGGUGGGGGGGGAAACCUCACCGCUCUGAAACUUCCUUGCCAAUUCUGUGUGUGCCAAGAGGUUUGACUGCAGUGUUUGUGUGUGACUUUGGCUGGUUCACAGGUGCAUGGGCAUCCCUUGAUUUCCUUCCAUCAGGUAAAGCAACCCUUCAGACUGGUUCACGCAUGCCAUGGGGUUUCUGCCGACAUCCUUAUUACUUUCCCCGAGCUUUAAACCGAUGGGUGAGCUCAGUCCAUUGAACGUGUUGGGGUUGGCCCAGAUUAGAAAGUGCUCUGUGGGUGGUGUUAGGUGUGUCUUGGUCAUCUCCCGUGCGCCAGUUUCUCACUUGAGGCGGCCAGUGACCAAUCAAGGGGGGGAAUUGCAGGUGUGAACCAGCCCUUUCAAGUGUGUGCACCUGUGUUUUAAAAGAGAACUCUCCUGAAAAGCAAAAAUAUAUCGCUAUAUCAAAAUCAGCAGUGACGAGGUGGGAUGCAUAGCCAAGGAUUCUAUAAAUAUUGUACCCUUAUACAUACACAAGUGAACCAUGUCUCAUUCUUUUCAAAUCUGUUUCCUAUUUAACGCCAGCAAUGGAAACCACGUUAUGUUCUUUUUUUUUCCUUGGUGGGGAAAGGGUGUAAUUUGAUUUCUGUUUGUGCUGCUAUCCCGGUCGAUGCAAUCUAUCAUGUUUUAGUCUGAAGCUGCUACAAUAACAUGGUCUGAAUAAAUAAGUUCCAUGGUUUUCA